UGAAGGAGGAGCCGAAGCAGCCAGGAUCGUGGAUCCACAUUCGUGCGGAGAGGGGCUGAGUCAGAUGGCGACAAGUCCACUCGGUCACGCCUGCUUUAUACAGCCGCUGGCCAGUUUUGCAGACCUUAAUGUGAAGGAGAUACACCGACGAACAGUUUUAUGUAUUUUAUCAUUUUUCCAUGGGCGCCGUUGGGUUAGCAGAAUUUCUAAACUGCACACGAUAAGGAAACCCAAACUGGACUACAUGGAAAAGAAAUCUGGAUAAUACUUAUAGCAAAAAUGUUCGAGUAUAUUAACGUUUUAAAAUCUUUAGUGGAGUAGAAGAAACGUCUGAAAAAAGAUAGUUCAAACUACAUGUUAUCUGGGUACUUAAUUGCCAAGAGCUAUGGAGAAGAUAUACGCACUGUAAACGUUAAACAUAUUCUGCAUUUUGAGAUGAAUCGUCUUUUAAAAACUUAACAUUUUUGGAUUAUUUAUUGACCUUCCUGUUCGACACACCGGACUUCGAAGAGAAAAUGUUGGCCUGCAUGAUCGUCUUUUACUCCUUUACUAUUUCGGCUACCUCUCAAAGCAUCCAGCCUUCCAAGCCAUCAGCGAAAACUUCAUGUGACAGUCUGUGCACUUGCACAGAAAAAGAUGGUAUCUUAUAUGUAAACUGUGAGCAAAGAAAUAUUACCAGAAUUUCCCAAAUCAAAGUGCCACUAGCCAUUCCAUUCCACCUAAAUCUGCACAAAAAUGACCUAGUGGAACUGCACGCCGAAGACUUAAGUGAUUUCAGGAAUGCAGUCUCCCUUCAUUUUGGAGCUAACAGUAUACAAGAGCUGGAGCCAGGAAUAUUCAAUGGGUUUAGCUCACUUAAGAAGUUGCAUAUCAACAGAAAUUUCUUGGUCAUGUUAAAAGAGGACACUUUUCAAGGCUUGGUCAAUUUGGAGUACCUUCAAGCAGAUACAAAUUUUAUUCAAGUUAUUGAACCUGGGACGUUUAGCAAGCUUGUUCGGCUAAAAGUUCUCAUACUGAAUGACAAUUCAAUUGAGUUUAUGCCCAGUAACAUUUUUCGAUUUGUGCCCUUGACCCAUGUAGAUCUGCGUGGAAACCAGCUGCAGUCUCUGCCUUAUGUGGGCUUUCUUGAGCACAUUGGCCGCAUUAUGGAGUUGCUGCUGGAUGACAAUGACUGGGUAUGCGAUUGCGAGAUAAUGCCUCUAAAAAUCUGGAUGGAGGAUAUGCGCACAUUGUCUGCCAUCAGUGAGGUGGUUUGCGUUGCCCCCCCACAUCUAAAGGGCAGCCUUUUGGGCAAGGUGAAGAAGGAUGUGCUGUGUCCCUCUCAUGCUGACCUGGAGGAACCUUCCAAGCCAUCAGACAUGGAGGUGACAGCCACCCCAAAAGUCCUGCAAAAUCCAAAACCAUGGGAUCAUGGGAAGAUUCCAACACCAGCACUUGUACCGGAGAAGUUCUGUAUUGAACAUUGUUCUUGCCAUAGUAUUCCAAUGGCAGGUUUCUUAGUCCACUGUCAGGAUCGAGGUAUCCAAAGGAUUUCCGAUCUUGGAUUACCAUUACAGAGCCCAACAAAGCUUGUACUGACAGGAAACAUGAUUCAAACGCUACUAAAAUAUGACUUUGUGGCAUAUGAAAGUUUAGAAUUACUGAAUUUGGCAAACAACCAUAUUUAUUAUAUAGAUAAUGAAGCUUUUCUCAGUUUAGGCCAUCUCAAAAAGUUGUAUCUGAAUGGCAACAGACUUGAUCAGUUAUCAUCAAGCAUGUUUGUUGGACUCCAUAACCUUGAAUAUUUGUACUUGGAAUAUAAUGUAAUUAAAAACAUUCUCCCUGGGACCUUUAAUACUGUGCCAAAUCUCAAACUUUUGUCAUUAAACAACAAUCUCCUGCAAACACUUCCAUCACAGAUAUUUCAAAAUGUGCCACUUUCCAAAUUGAAUUUGAGGAAAAACCUCUUCAUGCACAUUCCUGUUAAUGAUGUGUUGGAUCAGCUUGAUUCUCUGGAGCAGAUUUAUUUGGAAGAAAACCCAUGGGACUGUACUUGUGACUUGAUUGGCUUUAAACAAUGGGUUGAGAAGCUUGGGAAAGAUACAAUAGUGGGUGCUAUUUUAUGUCACUCCCCAAGGAAGACAGCCAAGAUGGAACUGAGGACUCUGAGACAUGACGCCAUAUGCCCCAGCCUAGUGACAUACAGCUUUGUGCCAACAGAGGAGGAUAAUGGAGAUGUGACAACCACUUCUACAACAACAAACACCAUGAGGGACUUCUUUCAUUCUUUCAGAGACACCAUCCCACUUUCAGUGUUAAUUCUUAGCUUAUUGAUCCUUUUUCUCAUUAUUGUUUUUUGUGCUGCUGGAAUUGUUGUCUUGGUCUUGCACCGUCGACGUAAGUUAAUGAAGGAACAAGUCGAGGACCAGCCUAGAGACAAUAGUCCUAUACAUCUGCAAUACAGGAUGUUUGGCCAGAAAACCACUCAUCAUGUAGCAUCAAGGCCGAGAAUGGACAUGUAUGAUGAGACGACACACAGCCCCAUAAUUAAGGUGUGCAGGAAUCCCACCUAUUGUACUCGUCAGAAAGAGCAAGAACUGGUUGAGCAUGAUAUGGUGGAGCCAAAGCAUAUUUGUAGGGUUCUACUGGAAAAGGAGAAUGAGUCACCCCUGACAGGAUCACAUAUGAAAUUCAGAGCUGUGGCAGAGUACCCAUCAGACUUUGUUACCCUCGGUGACACAAACUGCUUGUACCGGAACAUUAUUGAGUGUGAAAGGGAGCUCCAGCAACUUGGAAUCACAAAGUGCCUCAGGAAGAACAUCUCCCAGCUACAGCCUACAUUGGAUGUUCCUGGUCAGGGAAGACAUGAGGAACUGAAAUUAAUGGAGACAAUCAUGUACACAAGACCAAGAAAAGUCAUGGUUGAACAAACAAAGAAUGAAUAUUUUGAACUGAAAACUAAUUUACAGACAGAGCCUGACUACCUUGAGGUCCUGGAACAUCAGACAACAUUUAACUGAAAAAAUAUAUUUCCAGGUUUUUGUUUUUUUUUUACUAUAUACAUAAAGUGCCUUUGGAAACUGGUUUCUUUAAAAUGUACUUUCCAUAUUCUUGUGAAAUCCAAAGCAAAAAUAUUAUAUUUGAACUCGAUGUCAGCAGGUGAUCGUUGAUAAAAAGGGGGUUGAACGCUAAUAAAAAAAAGUCCACACACCUGCAGAAAGGUAGUUUCAUGAGAGAAAUGCUUUGUAUUCUGGCAAACCCACAAGCUGUCUUUCUUGGUCAUUGGUAUUAUCCCACUGAAUUUCAGAAAUAGUUGUGAUACAAACAAAUAAAUAUAAGCCAAGUCACAUGGAGGAUACAAUUGAAUACCAGAUAACAUGCCAUUUUUAGAUUUACAAUGCAAAUAUGAGCAAGUAAUCAUAUAUUGUGAAUUUGCAUUUUAAACUAAGAAUUAAAAAUUAAUUACAAAAAUUGGUAAAAUGAAUCUUUACUGAAUUUCUCAGUAUCUGAAUGUCUAGGGUCAGAAAAAGCACUUACUGUGAAUAUGAAUAUGUAAUGUGUGUGUAUGUGUAUAUAUAGUGGUAAUAUUUACUGUAAUAUGUUUUAAUGAUAAGAAUUGCACUACCCAGAAUACCAUUUUAAAAGAUGGGCAUGACAAUCCUUAAUACUGCUGAAUAAUAUUUGGUAAGACAUACUUAAGGUCAUGUUUUAGUAAUUUAUAAAUGCAUUCAUAAAUAAUAAUGCAUUCAUAAAAGAUUAUAAACUUGGCUAUACAUAUUUAUCAAAAGGCAUAACACAUUAUAGGAAUGUGUAUAAUCUGUUAUUAAUACUUUAUGAAAUUCCCAUCUAUAAUGCAUUAUAGAUGCUUUUAGAAAACAUUAUAAUGGUCGGUAUAAGCAUUAUAGAUGCUUUGUACUGCAUCUGUUUAUGGCAUCUUUAAUGUAUUAUAAAUGAGAGCUUCA